UAUUAUUAUGGCAAAUAAAGUAGGGGCAACUUAGAUCUAUGAAACAUAACCAAUGAAAUUUUAUGAUGAGAAUGCUGAUAAUAAUAGUAUUUUAGCUCCUUAUAAUCUUUGUCCUAAAGGAGUUUAUAUUUUGAAUAUGUGUACGACUAUUACAAAUUCAUUUUUAUUAUCAAGUAUCAAUAUAUAUAAAUAUCAUUUUAAAAGCAUCAGGAUAAGUAUAUUCUUGGGGAAAUAAUUGUGAAGAACUAGGUAGAACAUGUGCUACUUAAGCCGAAGCAUCAAGACCUGCAUUAGUUUCAUUUCAAACAAAAAUUAUGUAAAUUUGUUCAGGAAAUAAUCAUAUUCUUGCCUUAGAUGUAAAUGGUGUUGUUUAUAGUUGGGGAAGAAAUGAAGCAGGAUAACUUGGAUAAAAUGAUUUAGAUCCUGUUGCUUUACCUAAAGAAGUAGAAUUUUUCAAAAAAUCACCUGUUGUAUAAAUAUAUGCUGGAGGUGAUUCAUCAUAUGCAAUAACUAAAAAGGGAAGUCUAUUUGCUUGGGGUGAUAAUUCAAAUAAUUAACUUGGAUUAGGAGAAGGAGAUCAUUCUUCUCCUUAAUAAGUUAUUCAAACUCCUUGGGAUAAUGCUAGAGAAGUUAAAAUAGUUUAUGGUAAAAAUAAUUUAGGUUAUUUAUUUAAUAUUGAUAACAUUACUAAAGAACAAGAAAAUUAGAUUGUCAAUAUGCAAUUAAAAGAAGCCCAAGAAGAAAUCAUGAAACUAUAAUAAAAACUAAAUGAAUAAAAUAGUUUGUCUGCCAAAUAACCAGUUAUUGUUGAAAAAACUCUGGGAGAAGAUUAAUUACUUAAAAAUAUCUAAACUUAAAUACAAUCCGCUACUGGAUAAUCUAAUUCUUAAGAAAAUACUCUUAAAUAAACAGAAGAAGAAAUUCUUUAAUUAGAAAAGGAUUUACAAAGUAUCAAAUAAUAAUUAUGUAAAAUAUUGACUUAAUUAAUUUAGUUGAUAUUUUUGCAAAAGAAAAUGAAUUGAAUAAUUAAAGAGAAGAAGUUGAUAUGUAAGUUAGAAAAUUAGAAAGAAGUGAUUAAGGUAAAUCAGCUGAACAUGAAUUAAAAAUUAAAGAAUAAAAAAGAAUUAAAGAAUUAUUCUAAGCAAAUGAUAAUAUUAAAAAUAAUUUAUUAAAAAGGUAGAAUCAAUCAGAAGAAACUAAGCUAAGAAAAUAAGAAGAAUUAGGUAAAUAAAGAGAAAAAGCAAAGGAUUUAUAAAAUCUUAUAUCCUUAUUAAAAAUUGUUGAAACUGAUAGAAAAAUCACAUUAAAAAAGAAGUUUUUAGAACAAAAUAAAGUUGAUUUAGAGAAAUUCAUGGAAAAAAUUACUCAUUUUUUUAGAGAAAUGUGCGAUUGUAACAUAGCUGAAAUAGCCAAAAAAACAAAUUAAUUAUCUGGAAUGGCUAAUAUUAUAAAAUAAAGUAAUGAGAAAUUAUCAUACAUAAAAAAUGAAUUAUUGGGAUUUAAAAUAAAUUCUAGUGAUGAAAGUUAUGAAAUUUUAUCAAAAAUUUUAGAUAUUUUAUAGGAUAAUUUAAAUUUGAGAAAAAAACUAAAUGAUUAUAUGGUAGGAGUAAUAAUGAUGAGCGAAGAAAAAACUUAAUAGCCAAUAAAAGUUCAAGAGAUUUAGAAUUAACAAUAAAAAAAGUUAUAGUAGUUUAUUGAGAAAUAGCAAAAAGAAUUAUAGGAGAUAGGGAGAUUAUAAAUAGAUGGUAGAAAAUAUAAGGCUUAAGUUCAAUCAAUUAAUAAUAUGAAGCUUAAAUAGAGAGAUGUAAGAUAUGAAUGUUAAUUUUAGUUCUGCUUUGGUUUAAUAUGAUGAGGAA